UAGCAGACGAGCUGUUGUGGGCAUGGGUUUGGUUGUGAUUGAUUUCACUAGAUCUUAGUAUUUAUAUUAGCAUUUACCAUUUGAGUAAUAAUCUUUAAAAAAAAUACCAAAGUUUACGAAGUUAAAUAAUGUAGACUGCAUUAUAGUGUAGAAACAAUGUCAGACAAAGUUCAGUGUCCAGUUUGUUGUUGUCACUUUUCUUCCAAAGUGGUUACAGAGCACGUUAACGUGUGCCUCAAUAACAAAGAACUACUGGCAGUGGGGAAGAAAAUUCAAGUGAAAGAGGAUAUUAUAGAAAACAAGAAAAGAAAAAUUUCUGAUUGGGAUUUUCUUACAUCAAAAGCCAAAAAAAUUGGUGGGCAACAAAAAGUAGCUGUCCCAGUACCAGUAGCGAGUCAACAACAAAAUGCAGAUACAGAUACGAUUGUAGUGGAAAACCUUAUUUCCAGCCGAACAACAGAGAUGUCGGCUGAAAUUAAAGUAAUUAUAUAUGACUUCAAUCCUUAUAUUGUUAAGUAUGCUGGAUGUAUUGCAAUAAAACUUUAGUAGACUUAUCUAUAUUAUGACUUACUUAUGAUUAUAAUAAAUAGCCUUUAAGGCCUAUAAGUAUAAGCCUAUAAGUAUAAGUAAUAGUAUAUCAAAAUAUUAUAUUUUAUCCAAGUGGCUAUUCGUACCCGAGUGCCAGAAGUAAGGGAGAGUUUGGGGAUAAAAAAAACUAUUUACAAUUUUAAUGUUGGGUUUGUUAGACAAAAUUAGGUUUCAAAUGAAAGAUAAUUGAAUGGACUAUGUUUAUAAACUUAAUUCUUCAAUUGACAAUGAACUAAAAUCUAAAAUUUUAAAAUAAACUACCACAAAUGACAUUUGAAUAGCACCGAGUAAAAAAGGAGCCAGACACGCAGCGCCGCCAUUCGCUCCCCGGUACCAUUAAACUCAACCUUCCUACUGACAGAUGCGUUAUGUUUUUUUAGCAUUAUUUUUUUUGUCAACACAUGACACUCGUUACGGUUCGUUUCCUCUGUCUCGUUCAGGGAAUGGUGGUAGACGGGUGGUUAGGGUUGCUCAGGUCAGAACUCUGAAUUUGCUGGGUCAAGGAUGAGAAAGGGGUUUGCAUGGGAAGUGAUGAGAACGCAGAAAAGAUGAUUAAAAAAAAACACCCCACCCCCUUUGAUUCCAAUAAACCAGCUUUCCUAAUAAAAUGUAGGAUUUUGGGAAAGGGUAGUUUAGAAAGAGUCAGAGCAGGGCAUAUGGCAAUUAGAUUUGGAUCAACGGAUGGCAAGUGACCAGGGGUAUGAAAACUUUAAGUCACUACACAGAGCCAUAAACUUAAAGUCAAAUAACAUUUUUAAAAUUUAAACAAGGAUUUAAUUUAAUUUUGUUGAAAUGCAGAUUGAUGUUGACCAGGAGCCUGAAGAAAAAAAUCAUAAGCAGAACAAAUUCAAAUCUACCUUUGGGCAAAAGACAAAAGUUAAGGAACUCACUAAUGUUCCUUUGGCUGAGAGAAUGCGCCCUCAAGACUUUGACAGGUUUAUAGGACAAGAGCAAGCUGUUGGGGCAAAAAGUUUAAUUCAAAAUCUACUUGCUCAUGGAGACAGUAUUCCAUCUAUGAUUCUUUGGGGACCUCCAGGCUGCGGGAAAGUAGGUCAAUUAGAAAUAUUUGUAUUUACACAAUUAUUAUGUAUUUUAUGAUAGAGUAUUUGUAAAACUCAAAACUCACAAAUAAUGUUUGAAUUUAAAAGAUAUUUGUAUGAGUUAAUCUGUUUUCCAUUAUAUUCUCAAUUUAAUUUCAUUUAAUCAAAAACAUAGCAAUUUUAAACUAUUAAUGCAAUGUUCUAAUCUUUUUUUUCAAAGACAACUCUGGCUAAUAUUGUUGCACAGAAAUGUAAAUCCAAUGGCAAUAUAAAAUAUGUGUCCAUGUCAGCCACUUCUGCAAGUGUUAAUGACGUCAAAGAAACUGCAAAAGUAGCCCGCAAUGACUUGAAAAUGUUGAGGAGAAAAACAGUUUUAUUUUUGGAUGAAAUUCACAGAUUCAAUAAGUUACAACAGGUAAGUGUCAAAGGCCAUCACACUAUUCUAACCCUGCUAACUUACCAGAGGAAGUCAGUGGCACCACUGACUACGUUUCAUUCAUCUACAGCCUUAUUUGAAUCCCACAUACACUGCUGUUCACUAGUUGGAAUGGUGAUAAGUGAUGGUCUCCCAUUCAUCAGUUUUGGUCGUGGCUUCCCUCAUUUUCUUUUCCGUAUGUCCUUAAAGCGCAGCCAUGGCCAUUCAAUAAGUCUUUCCCCCUUUGCCAAUACUCCAUACAGCAAGUGAAAGAAAAGAAAGGAAAUAAUAGGGAAAUUCUACGUCAGGGAGACAGGCUUUUUUACAGAUACUUUGUGUAUUUUUUCAUGCUUUUACAUACCUUGUGUUUUUAAUACCUGUAAUACCUUGUGCAUAAAAGUCAUUCAAAAUAACCAGUUUUGAGUAAAGGCAGUAAAGGACCCCAUACCCUCCCCAAAAAAAUUUUUGGUUGUCGGGAAAAAAUCAGCCAGGCCAAUUGUUCCAGUCCUCACUAAUAAAGUGGCUAUACACAGUUAUUUAAAACAAUUUAAAUAUCAGCAAAUAAAGCUCUAAAUUUAAAAAUAAAAAAAAUUCUAUAAAAGCAAUAAUGAAAAGAAAGUUGGUUAUCAAUGUUUUCCUUGUAGUGCAUUAAAAUUUUCUGUUAUAUUUUAGUUUGUGUGGUCUUUAAACAAAAAUUAAUUUUCCAGUGCCCCUUUAAAUGUUAGUGUAAAUUAAAUUGCUCUGUGAGAGAAGAGCUAAAUCAGAUAAAUAGAAUACUGGUACAGCAUCAAUAAAAGCACAUCAAAAAUGUUUUAACAUGCGUUUUAUUCAUAUUCUAACAGAAAUAGUUUUAAGAAAUUAUAUUAAUUUUAUUUAAUAGCUUCUUAAAUUAGGAGCUUAUGUUUUUCAUCCUAGGAUGCCCUCCUACCACACAUUGAAGAGGGCACUAUUAUUUUGAUUGGUGCAACCACAGAGAAUCCUUCAUUUCAAGUCAAUGCUGCCUUGCUCAGCAGAUGUCGGGUCAUUAAACUGGAAAAACUUGCAGUAAGAUUAUAGUUUUUAUGUUUUAACCAUCAUUAUAUUCUGUUCAGUUUUUUUUUCUAUAACUGAUAAACCCAAAUACAUGAGUCGUAACCUAAUUUUUUUUUUAAUCAAUGGAAAAACACCAAAAACUUGCUUUAAGAAGCAUUUUUACUAUAACUGAUUAACCUUAAGUACUUGAGCCAAUUUGGUUUCUGAAGAGAAAUUCAAAUAUUAGAUAUAAAAACAACAAAACUUUUAAUGUUCUUGACAUGAGUCAGAGAGUUAAGAGAGUUAUUUAUCUUUUUUUGACAUUUUUUAAAGCAAGAAUUUCCCUCCAAGUUUCACAUAUCUUGUAGAGCUGAAAAAAAAAAAUGUAGUCAGGCAACAAAUUUUACCAUUUCAAAAUUUGAGCCCGUUUCUGAUUCUGAAAUAUAAAUUUGUUAAAAUAUUUCCUUUUUCUAGGUCCAAAAUUUAAAAGAUUUAGAGAAGCAACUUGAUUAAAUUAUCAUUCAGCUACACACUUUGAUCCAGUUUCUACUUCAAAGUUGGAGUCAACCUUGACCAAUUUUUUUCCAAAAAUGAUUCGCUAAAUGCAGAAAAUUGAUUGGCAUUAAAAUGUGUUAGGUCAAACUAUUCAUUUUCUUCUCUAGCUAAAAUGUGCUAGGUCAAACUAUUCAUUUUCUUCUCAAUCUAAAAUGUGUUAGGUCAAACUAUUCAUUUUCUUCUCAAGCUAAAAUGUGUUAGGUCAAACUAUUCAUUUUCUUCUCAAGCGGACAUUGUGCUACUAUUUGAAAGGAUGUUUCCAAAUUGUGAUAUAGCUACUAUUUGUGCUACUAUUUGAAAGGAUGUUUCCAAAUUGUGAUAUAGCAAAAUCAAUGAGCUUAGGGGAAACCAAACAUAUGUACAUGGCAGAUUUUGGUAUUGCCUCACAUUUUUCUUCCUUGCUGGAAAGAAAUACGAAGGAUUGUCCAUAUGUCCUCCUGAUUGAUGAGUCAUUAAACAAAGAUCUUUAAAAGAAAACAGGUUGACAUUCAUAUUAGGAAAGUGGGACUAUGGUAAAGUCAAGACUCGCGUCUACUCUUCGAAUUUCAUUGGCCACUCUUGUGCCUCUGAUGUGUUGGAGUCAUUUGAAGAGAAAGUAGUCAACAUCAUUGGACUCAAUCAUAUUGUUCAAUUGUGGAUGAAUGGACACAAUGUUAAGUAGGCCAUAUUUAAAAAAUGCAAUAAAAAAUAAGUAUGAAUUUCCAGAAUCAUCUAAUUGACAUUGGAUCUUGUGGACUUCAUACACUACCAAAUAGUUUUAAGGCAGCUAUUGAUUCUACUCAUUGUGGAGCAUCCCAGAUCUUGUCAGCACUGCACACUCUUUUUAAGGACACUCCAGCUCGCAGGGAAGAUUACGAAAAAGUUAACAGGACAGUCUAUGUAUUCCCUGAACUUCUGUUCCCAUCGUUGGGUUGAGAAUGCAGCAUCACACCAGAGGGCUUUUGAUAUUUUCCCUGUUAUGUUGCAAUAAGUUGCAAAAGUAGAAAAACGGGAACUAAAAAAUCCAUUGACCAAGUCCUAUGAAAUAGUUAGGGACUGGAUCAAUAACCCUCUAUCAAGGAUAAGACUUGCCUUUAUAAUAAGUCUUGCAAGACCUAUACAGCUUUUCUUAACUAUAUAUCAAGGUGACAAUCCAAUUUUCCCAUUCACGGCAAAAGAUUUUAAAAAACUUUUGAGAGGGCUUAUGUCUCAUUUUAUAAAAAUAAAACCCAAAACACUUGAGGCAGAAAAUACUGUAGAAAAAUUACUCAAAGUUGAAAGAAAAUCAGAUAAAGUAUUAAACAUUUAUUCAGAAAUUGAGAUUGGUUUUGUUGCAGAGGGGCUUCUCAAGGAAGCAAAAGUAAAGAAAUUAAUUAGCGAUAAAGGAGUUUUGGAAUUUAAUUAAUUUAAAUUACAGUGCAGAGAGAUAAUUGUGAUUCUGGUUGAAAAACUUAAGCAAAGUCUCCCCUAAAUUAUAAUUUAGUUAGACACAUGAGUUGCCUGGACCCAGAACAAAUUCACAACAGAGAUAUUGACUAUAACCUGUCUAGUUGUAGACAUGAGCUUAAUAUUUUAGUGUCUCUUGAAUUAUUAACAUAUUUUUCAUCUUUUCUAUUUAUUUUAGUGUAUACCAUUUUAGGCUCCAUUAUUUGAAAUAAUCUCAUUCCCUUAUAGGUAUUUCAUUUGGGCAUGUCCACAUCAAUAGAUGUUUAAAUAAUUAUUACAUGCAUUGAAUUAUGUAAUAUGACUAUAUAUUUUUAAUGAUAUUAUGGAUGUAUUACUGUAUUACUGAAUCCAGUCAUUGGAAAGUUAAUGGUUAGUAAAAAUAUUAUUAUAUUGUUUUGUAAAGUUUAUUUAUUUUAUUAUUGAUGGCAUUAUAUUUUAAAACCUGUACCAGGAUUAAGGAAUAAUUUUCAAAGAAAACGCUUGAAUAUCAGUCACAAUAAUGUCGAUAAAGCCGCUUUUACAUUGUCAUGAAAAGUUGAGAAAAAGUAAAGAAUUUAGUUUUGAAAAAAAGUGGGAACCAUGUAGUCUAGAAAAUAAAUUUUCAAACUGAUAGUGAUAUUGUUAUUAUGAAUAAAUGGUUAAACUAUUUUCUUGUUUUACCCCCAGAUAGAUGAUAUUAAAACCAUAAUCAAGUGGGCACUAUCAGAGACUGGAAUUCAUGUUAACAUCUCCAAGGAAAACUCUGAUAGCUUCAACCACACUGAUGUAGGUUCCACAUCCAAUAACAGGUCAUAACUUGCAUUUUUAGUUUAAAUUUUUUUAAUCACCUUAAAAAUUAAUUAACAUUAUUAGCACAUCUCCCUGACUUAAUGAAAAAAAAUACUUGAAAGACUUAACAAUAGUUCUAGUAAUGGUACAAGAAUUUUAGAAGAUUUAUUGAUUGAAAAUGAUUUGAUCUUGUGUACAUUUCAAUGUAUGCUAGACACAGAGAUAUUCUGUGUGUUAGGGAAUUGUUGUCCAUGGAAGAUUACAAACAGAGAUAGCAUGUGUGUAUCACAAGUAGACUAACUCACUACACAACAUGAUAUUGUGGAGUUGAAAGAACUGCCUAGACAGUUGAAACCACAAUGUGACAUGGUGUGGUUGAGAAACCUGCCUAGAUAGUUCAUUCUGGAGUGUUAUGUGUAGAUUAAUCUGAUAAUCUAAAGGUUUCCAAAAAUCUUCAACUCACUGAGCUCUUGUAGCAUUCAGGUUUUCCCUAUGUCAAAUUCUAACAAUAGGUACUUUUUUUCUCUGUUUUUCACUUUGCGGUGCAGCUGUGGCUACCAGGGCCCAGUAGCACACAGUUUGGGAACCUCUGUGUUAAUCAACAAAGCAGGUUAUAAUUACUGGGAAUUCUUAAUUGAAUAAAUCUAAUCCAUAGUCACACUCAACUACAUAUCAAAUGAAACUUCUUAAUGAAAAUUUACUAAGAAAAAUCAUAUUAGGGCCAACUAAACAACAAUGAAUUGAACUUGUAGGGUUCCAUUGAUUUUAAUGGAUGUUGAAGCAAUUGAUGCAUUGGCUGCUUUGGUUGAUGGGGAUGCAAGAGUGGCUCUAAAUGGGCUUCAGCUUGCCAUAGAGGGAACACUGGCUAAAGACAAAAGAAAGGAACAAAAUUCACCUGUCCUGAUCACAGUAGAUGUCAUCAAAGAGGCAUUGCAACGCUCACAUAUUCUCUAUGAUAAAACAGGUAAAAUCUGUUCUUAUGUUAGUAAUUUUUUCCCCUUCUCGUUUUAAGAAUUUUUCCAACAGCUAUAACUCUUCCAGAACUAUUACUAGCAUUUUGCAUAGCAUCAUGACUUGCGGCCCGAUGGCCCAGUAUUUUGGACCAGAUGAAACGGAUCAGUGACCAGGCUCGCUAUCCCACUGGUGGUUGAGAUUGCUUACUCAAGGUUCUCUUAUUCUCAAGACUGUUUCCUUGCUGGGUUGACAAGUCAAUUCCACCCAGACAAGUAUAAAUAUCAAAGGUUGACCCUGCAAAAAUUUGAACCCUGUCACAGAAUAGUUAUUUUUGAAGAUGAUUUUUUUAUGACUGAGCUUCUCUGUGAUCAUUGAUUCUUUAUUAUCCAGGCGUUUAAGUUAGACCAAACGGCCACAUCUCACGUCAAGGCAGACAACAUUACAAUUGUGCCAGAGGGCAGUUUUAGUUGAAAAUGGCCAAAUUGUUUGAUCUUAAUGUAUUUUAAAUACAAAAAGUUUCAGCACCCUUUCAACAGCUUAUUCCUUGACAGGUGAGGAGCACUACAACACUGUGUCUGCAUUAAUAAAGUCCAUGCGCGGCUCUGAUGCAAGUGCAGCCCUCUAUUGGAUGGCACGAAUGAUCGAAGGUGGGGAAAAUCCUCUCUUUAUCGCCAGGAGACUUGUAAUAUUUGCAAGCGAAGAUGUCGGUGAGCAAAGUUUAACCAUGCAGAUAAAUCAGCUUAAUCCAACCUGCAUAUCUAAUCAUUUUGAGUCUUUAUUGGGUUUAAAUUAAGUGAAACUUCCUAUUAUUUGACUCCCUUCUAUUUUAAUUCUACCUUGAGGUUCUCUCAGUAUUUGAGGCCAUUUGUUAACCAACUAAUCCAUAUCCUAGAAAAGUUUUAAAGUUUCAAUGAUCCUUGAUUUACACAUCUUGAACUUUUCUUUUUGUUACACUAAAUAUACAAAUGUAUAAUUCUUUAAAGAAAUUAACAGUUUUUAUCCAGGGAAGCCAUUAUUUGCAUAUCAAGUGAUAACAAGUACCUAAAUCAUUUGGCUCCUGGUCCAAAAUUCCCCAGUUCACUGUGCUUCUGAGGAAGUGUCACAUAAACAGAUAAACUAAAUACUUUCUUUAAAAAAAAAAAAGAAAUACUUUUUUUAUCAUACAUUUAAAAAAUUAAAAUUUACUUCAAAUAUUCCUUCAUUAUUUAUAAAAAGUAUAUUUGGUUAAAAAAUAAAUAGCUUUAUCUGGUAGACAAUACCUUCCGUGAACCUGAUCUCUGUUAAGGACCAGGAAUGGUGCAAGACCUUAUUUCUUUAUUUUUGUGAAGCACAAAUUUUUAUCACUCAAAGUUAUAUGACAAGCAAAAUCAGUUUCUAACUUUUUAAAUAUUUUUCUCAUUCAAAAUGAAUUUUUAAUCCUCUGAAUCAUUCACCAAAUCAUUCCAUCUACAAAUUGCUCUAAUUCCAGUCAUUUCCUAUUGUGAAAAAUAGCUUAGCAACUAAGAAUUUAACUACCUUUAUGUGCAUAUGUAACAGUAACUUAAUUUGUGGCUACUCAGUAUAAUUUGGAUACGGGUACUUUAUAUAAUUUGGAUACUUAGUAUAAGUUGGAUUCUUAGUAUAAUUUGGAUACUUAGUUUAAUUUGGAUACUUAGAAAAAUUGGAUAGUGGUGUUCAAAUCAAGUUUCCUUGCACAUUUUAACUACAGACUAUCUGGGGUUAGGUGUCUAACACUGAAAUAUUUUUUAGAGGAAGUAAGAUGGGCAUUAGGAAUUGUUUUCAAAACAUGGGUGGGAUCUCAAGUGGGGAUGAAAGGGUUAAAUUUAAAUCUUUUUAAGUGUUUUAAUUUCUGUUGCACUUGAUUAUCUGCAGGACUUGCAGAUCCCAUGGCACUGAGUCAGGCAGUAGCAACCCACCAGGCCUGUCAUGUUAUAGGGAUGCCAGAAUGUGCUGUAAGUUAACUUAACAUGUCAUGUUAUGUGCCUCUGGGGAUGAUCUAUUGUGUGGGCACAGGAAGAAUUAUGAGCAGUCCAUUUUAAGAACUUUUUAUACAGAAAUCUCCACCACAAAAAACGUAUUGCUGUUACGAUAUGCCAGUUAUGCAUGCCUGUGACAAAAUUUUGAGUUAACAUUUUCUAUACAACCUCCAAAUGUAUGUUACAAUUAUUUUUUUUUUUUUUUACAGUUAAACCUUGCUCACUGUGUCAUCUACCUGUCCCGAGCCCCCAAGUCUGUUGAAGUGUUGCAAGCUUUUCAAGCAGCCCAGGCAUGUGUUAGAAAUCAUGAGGGGGCCUUGCCUCCUGUUCCUCUUCAUCUUCGAAAUACUUCAAAUAAGCUGAUAAAAUCUCUAGGUUAGUUGAAGUCUCAGUGGAGUUGAACAAAUCUCUAGUGGAGUUGAACAUAUCUCUAUUUAAUUUGGACAAAACAAAUCUCUAGGGGAGUUGAAUUAAUCUCUAGUUGAGCUGAACAAAUCUCAAGGUGAGUGAAACAUAUGUCUAGGUGAGCUGAACAACACAAAUCUCUAGUAGAGUUGAAAAAAUCUAGUGGAGCUGAAAAAACCUCUAUUUGAGUUAAACAAAUCUCUAGGCGAGCUGAACAAAAUCUCCAGGCUAGUUGAACAAAAUCUCCAGGCUAGUUGAACAAAAUCUCCAGGCUAGUUGAACAAAUCUCUAGUUGAUUUAAAUAAAUCUCUAGGUGAUUGAAUAUAUCUCUAGGUGAGCUGAACAAAAAAAAUCUCUAGGUGAGUUGAACAAACCUCUUAGUGAGUUGAACAAACCUCUUAGUGAGUUGAACAAACCUCUUAGUGAGUUGAACAAACCUCUUAGUGAGUUGAACAAACCUCUUAGUGAGUUGAACAAACCUCUUAGUGAGUUGAACAAAUCUCUUAGUGAGUUGAACAAACCUCUUAGUGAGUUGAACAAAUCUCUUAGUGAGUUGAACAAACCUCUUAGUGAGUUGAACAAACCUCUUAGUGAGUUGAACAAACCUCUUAGUGAGUUGAACAAACCUCUUAGUGAGUUGAACAAACCUCUUAGUGAGUUGAACAAACCUCUAGUUGAUUUAUACCAGAAUCCUUUUAUCUUUAUUAAAAGUUUACUGAACACUUAUUUAGUGAUUUUUAUGUAGUGGAAACUCUACUGAACAAUCAUAGUGUCUUCAUGUAAUUGGAACUGUACUGAACAAUCAUAGUGUCUUUAUGUAAUUGGAACUGUACUGAACAAUCAUACAGUGUCUAAAUUUAAUGGGAACUGUACUGAACAAUCAUACAAUGUCUUAAAUUAAUGGGAACUGUACUGAACAAUCAUACAGUGUCUAAAUUUAAUGGGAACUGUACUGAACAAUCAUACAAUGUCAUAAUGUAAUGGGAACUGUACUGAAGACUCAUAAUGUCUUAAUGUAAUGGGAACUGUAUUAAAUUUUUCAUUUUUUUCUCCAGGUAUUGGAAAAGAUAAGUAUCCACCUGUCUUUGCAGCAAACAUUGAUCAGUGUUACUUUCCUCCAUCGUUGAUGGGAACUAAUUUCUUUACCAAGCCGCCCAAGACCUAGUUAUAUAUAAUGUAAUGACAUGUGAUCAUCUAUUUCAAGUCAAAUGUCAAUGUGGAUCUCUUUCAUGGAGUAUUCAAGAAAUUGAUUUUGGUUAUUGUUAUAAAAAAUUGUGAUGUACUUGUAAUUAGCCUCUAACAGACAAAUGCUUGCACAUGAUAUGUUUGUCAGAACAAUGAUUUAUACAAUAAAAAAUUCUUGUAAAAAUUAAACAUAG